AUGGCUAAGUUAGUUCUAUCAAGCUGUAUUCUUCCUGUCCUGCUUUUGUUCUUCAUCUCAGGACAAAUGGAAACUAGCAGAGCGGCGUAUGUGAAGACGUGGUGCAUUGCAAAGCCUUCAACGAGUAAAGAAGCACUGGAGAACAAUCUACAAUAUGCCUGCAAUAACAUAAAUGCAAUGGAUUGCAAGGCAAUUCAAGAAGGAGGUCCCUGCUCCAAACCUAAUGAUCUUUUGCUUUAUGCUUCAUUUGCCAUGAAUGCUUACUACCAGGCCAAGGGGAGGCACUACUGGAACUGUGACUUCAGCAACUCUGGUCUCAUUUCCUUGACAGAUCCAAGUUAUGGUAAUUGCACAUAUGAAGGGGGAGAGACAGCGGUGGAUGACUCAAAUUCGGGCAAGUGGUGUGUAGCAAGCCCUUCAGCAAGUGAUGAUCAGCUACAUGCAUGCAUUGAGUUUGCUUGUGGCAAAGUAGAUUGUAGCAUUAUAAGGUCUGGUGGUGCCUGUUUCGAGCCAAACACCGUCAAGAACCGCGCCUCAGUUGCCAUGAAUCUUUACUAUCACCAAACAGGUCAAGCGGAUAUGAGUUGUGAUUUUAAUGGCAGUGGUAACAUUGUCAGAACCGAUCCAAGUUAUGGUGAUUGCAAACUGAAGAGUGGCUGAGGCAUGAUCAAGUGUUUUACAAUGAUGUUGCAGUAUAAUCGUGAAUAGGGUAGGAAUAAAUGACUAAUGUACUUUCAUGGACUUCAAUCAUCAACCUUAUUUUCGG